CUUUUCGUUUGCAAAAUCAAACCAUUCCUUCAUAUUUCCUAGCUUCUCAUUUCUCUACCUCAGUUCUUCAGUCGAGUAUUAUAAUUUAUCAAUAUAGUCAAACAUGGAGAUAGUUAACACUGGGGAAGAAGAAUUCGUAAGGACACCCCUUGUCAAGGAAAGAGCCAAUCCAGAUGAUGAAGAAUGCGAGGAUCAUGAUCAAAAUGCAACCUUUAUGGUUGUCUUCAGCACCUUUGUUGCUGUUUGUGGGUCUUUUGUUUUUGGGACUGCAUUAGGAUAUUCAUCCCCGACUGAAACUGGGAUUAUGGAUGAUCUUGGCAUAUCUGUGGUUGAGGCCACCGGUUGUGGAAUGCUCGGCGGAACAUCAAACGUACACAAAUAAAAUAUAAUGACAUAUCUUUCCUCUACUUUUUUAUUUUUUCGGCAAUUCUUCUACUACCUAUUCAACCAAGAGGAACUGGAAGUUCAUCGUAUGCUUUUUUCAGGCAAUACGUUUGUGGAUUCUUCAUAGAGGCUUUCAUGGGGCUUAAGGGAUUCGAGAGUUGCCCUCCCUCUUUUCUUUUCCGUUAUAGUCAAACCUGGGUUUUU